AUGCCGCAAAGACAAACAGAAAUGUCUCCCAUCAAACCGCAAAUGGCCGGACAGAUGCGACAGAUGCGCAUCCCAGCAUCAUGUAUGUUCAGAGGCACAAUCGGCCACCCCAUACACACGACCCCUCUCGAUACCCACCACACCUACCCCACACUGUCUGCCCGGACUCCAAUCUUACUUCUCUCUAUCGCUGAAGUCAUCAGCAUGGCUAUCGAAGAGUUUGUUGUGGUAGCGAGCGAAAUGAUUACCCCAUUCAUGCACGACACGCGAUACUCAGACCCUAGGGAUUGCAUGCCGCGAGUACAGUUUCUUGUGCACGAACUGCGCUCUUUUGCUGAUAGUCUUGAGUCACGUGCACUCGAACUAGCCACUGGGCCUUGUGUUUCUCUCGUUCAGGCUGCUCUAGCGACCAAACGUUUCGCGAGAUCAGCGACGUGGACCGAAGAUAAAUCUGCAUUGGAGACUGCUCAUCAGAAAGCUACCUCGUGGGACACUUCUGACUACCCUGGUCUUUCUCAUGUGUUGCAAAUGAAGCUCCUCCACGAACGACCUCAGUUGCGAACUGAUAACAUCGAAUCGUUCUUGCUAUACAGAGAAAGUUUUUUGGCAGCGGCCGACGACCUAUUUAAUCAUCUGCCCAUACAAGUGCCAACUACUCUGAAGUCCUCACAGCUUUUCAUUCCCUGUGCGUUUGCUAUCACGCCUAUGGUCGCUUCAAGACUCCGCCAACGCAAUAUUCCUGAUUGCCUUGGCAGGUCCGUGUCUCACGUUCUGUAUGAUGCGAAGAGCUUGAAGGAAUGGCCACCCAGCGACAUGUACACCAUCGACAAUCUCCGACGUACAAGCUUGUAUCUUGCUUGCUGCGAUGGAGAUCACAACCGCGUGCAACAACUUAUUCGCGCCAACGUCAAUCCAAACGUGGAAGCUUCGAACGGUCUAUACCCAUUAGAUAUAGCAGUCAUCUCUGGAAAUUUAGAGAUUUGUAGAACUAUCUGGAAGAUGGAAAUCGAUGUCCACGAGAAAAACUCCAAAGCCGAAACCACCAUCUGCAUGGACAGCCGAUACAAUGGCAGUUUGGGAAUUCUGCGUCGAUCGCCGAUGAUGUGGGCUGCUUUCUUCGGUCACGUCCACAUUCUCAAGUUCUUCCGAAACCAAGGCAAUAAUUACCCGAAUGCAACGGCCUUGAUGGACAUCCACUGUUGUAACGCCAUUGGUCUUGCGGCUAUGCGAGGACAGAAGAAGGUCAUCGAAUACCUUAGUGGUUACCCGUGUGAUGUUGUAGAUUGGCAUGGACGCAGUCCUCUUUGGUACGCGGCAUUCAGUGGGCACCCGGACAUCCUAGAGCUUCUGCUCAAGAAAGAUCCAUUUCUGAAUCGACAAGAUAACAACGGUUUUACACCACUUGCCAUCGCAGCACAAAAAGGUCACUUACAGACUGUGAAUUAUCUUCGCGACAUGGUUGAUCUCUCUAUAUCGACAAACACAGGACAUACUCCAUUGUCAUUAGCAACUUCCGCCAGACACCUGGAAUGUGUCAAGUCGCUCUUGAGACCUAGUAUUGUUGCACUAGGUGCUUUGAAAGUCCGGAAGGUAUUUACGGUUGCUCAAGAGAACGGCUAUCACGAGAUUUGCAGGGUGUUUCGAGACCAUGGACUUAACUAUGUUGUGCGAUUACCAGAAGAGAGCACCACUUAUUACUUGGAUACAGGGGAAGGUUGUUCUGAUCUAGAUAAGGUGCGACGCGCACGUAACGGUAUUUUCCAAUACAACCCUUAG